AUGCCUGAUGCUGCAGUGGUGUGUAGAGAGAUGAACUGUGGGGAGGCUUUACAAGCACCAGCAUUGUCUUACUUUGGACGAGGAUCAGGAAAAAUCUGGAUGGAUGAAGUGCAGUGUAGAGGAUCAGAGUCAACACUGAAGGACUGUGAAUCAAGAGGAUGGGGUGAACAUGACAGCUAUUGUGGCGAUCAUGACUAUGAUGCUGGAGUCAUAUGCUCACAAACCAUAAACUAUGGACGAUUUACAAGACUUGCUGAUGGACCUCACCUGUGCUCUGGGAGAUUAGAGGUUCUUCAGGGGAACACAUGGUGCUGGGAGAAGAUGCUUUUGGCAAAGGAGAUGCUCAGAUGUGGACACAAGAGAUUCAGUGCAGAGGAAAUGAAUCACUUGUUCGAUUGUGUCCAACUUCACAAGACAUUCAGUGCUCUCAAGAAAACAACUGUUGACUGUCUUUUUCUUUGUCCAGGUUACACUGACCUCAGGCUGGUCAAUGGUCCUGACAUCUGUUCAGGUCGAGUUGAGCGUCAGUACUUCAGUAAAUGGGGCACAGUGUGUGAUGCAUGCUGGGAUAUGAGAGCUGCCAGUGUCCUCUGUAGACAGCUGAAUUGUGGGAUUGCUGUGUCUGUUGUGGGAUCAGACUGGUUUGGAGAGGGAAGUGGUGAAAUCUGGGCUGAUGUGUUUGAUUGUGACGGGAAUGAAACAAAACUCUCAGAAUGUUCCAUCUCUUCAUGGAGUCGAGCUGAAUGUUCUCAUAGACGAGAUGUUGGAGUCAUCUGCUCCAAUUCCUCUCUGGCUGUUCAUGAUGGUCUGGUGCGGUUGUCUGGAGAGAGACAGUGUGAGGGGGAGGUGGAAGUUUCCAUCCAUCAGGUCUGGAGGAGAGUUCUGCUGGACUCCUGGAGUCUCACUGAAUCCUCUGUGGUCUGCAGACAGCUGGGCUGUGGCUCUGUGCUGAACUUCUCUGGCUCCUCUUCAUCCAGUCCUGAACACAGUCAUGAGUGUGUGACGGGCUUCCAGUGCUCUGGGAGUGAAGCUCAUCUGGGGAACUGCAGAUCUCCACGAACUCUCAACUGCAGCUCCACACAACAGCUGUCAAUCACCUGCCUUGGUCGCGGGUCCAUCAGGCUGGUGGGUUCUGGGGGAGACUGUGCAGGGAGGCUGGAGGUUUUUCACAGCGGCUCAUGGGGGACAGUGUGUAAUGACUCCUGGGAUAUUAAAGAUGCCCAUGUGGUGUGCAGACAGCUGCAGUGUGGAGUGGCCCUCAGUAACCAGCAGGUACCAGCCUGGUUUGGUCCUGGUUCUGGACCCAUAUGGCUGGAUGAGGUGGAGUGUGAGGGGAAUGAGACGUCCCUGUGGAGCUGCUCUUCUCCAGGCUGGGGAAAACAUGACUGUCAACACAAGCAGGAUGUAGGAGUCGUGUGCUCAGAGUUUAAAGAGAUCAGGUUAACUGAGGGCUGUGAAGGGAAUGUGGAGGUUUUCUACAAUGGAUCCUGGGGAAAUGUGUGUCACAAUCAGAUGAACAGAGACACAGCGAGUCUGAUCUGUCAAGAGCUGAACUGUGGAAGAUCUGCCAGUGAACCCAGUAAUUCAGAGGGACUGAAGUCUCAUAAUUGGCUUGAUAAACUUAAUUGUCGACCACAUGAUUCCACUCUAUGGCAGUGUCCAUCUUCACCCUGGGGACUGAAUGACUGUGAUGAAGAUGAAGUGGCCAAGAUCACCUGCUCAGAGAAGGAGAAUCAUGAAUCUCCUCAGAGUCGUCUGACAUGUUCUACCUCAUCAUCUCCACACCAGAGACAGUGUUCAAAUCAUGUUCCUCUCAGACUGAGUGGAGGGGAGGGCCGGUGCUCUGGGAGGCUGGAGGUGUUUCAUAACGCUGAGUGGGGCUCAGUCUGUGAUGAUCUGUGGGACAUCAGCGAUGCUCAGGUGGUCUGCAGACAGCUGGGUUGUGGAGCAGCACUGAGGGCUGAUGGGAAUUCAACCUUUGGUGCUGGUGAAGGUGUUGUGUGGCUGAACAGAGUCGAGUGCAGAGGGAAUGAGAUUCACCUGUGGGACUGUCCUCUCUCCCUGAAGAACCACACUGACUGCUCUAACAAAGAUCACGCUGGACUCACCUGUGCAGAUGUGUCAGUGUCCACUACUCCUGCCACAACAACAUCAUCUUCUCCUGCAGUUUCUCAGACAGUGAGCUCAACAUCAGUCUCUCGUCCACAAACUCCUCCGUCUCUCUCUGUGCUUGUGAUUGUACUGGGAGUUGUGCUCUUACUGCUCUUAGUGCCACUGCUUAUACUGAUUCAGCAGAACAGAGUGAUGAGGAGAGCUCUCUCUAAGAGGAGACACAGGAGCACGACUGAGGCCGUUUAUGAGGAGAUUCAUCACAGACACAAUCGCUUCACUCAGAGGGGGAGUCUCAUCUCUGAAGAACUGCAUUCUGGGUAUGAAGAUGCUGAUGAGCUUCUCUCAGAAAAAGAGUUCAAGACUGAAUAUUAUGAUGAUGUCACCAAUGGCAGUGGCCUGAAAGAAGAGAUGAUGAAGGAAAUCACACCGGGAUACUAUGAUGAUGUCAUCACUGAUGGACUGAAACCAGAUCGUGAGACAGAAGACACACCUGAGAGUUAUGAUGAUGUCAUGACGACUGGACAGAACUUUAAUAUUAAAAAAGUGGACACACCGGAGCAUUAUGAUGAUGUCAUCAUUAAUGGACAGAACAUUCCAGGUGUAACAGAGGGAGAUCAGGAGGAGUAUGAUGAUGUGAAGAACAGCGAUGAAGAUGAGAGAAACCUGUUGGACUAUGAUGAUGUGGAGGAGGAGUCAAAUAAAGAGGGAGGAGCCAUACGGACGCUGGAGAAGCUGAAAGUUUUGAGAGCUGUGCGAGACGCUGAUCCCAACCUCGACACCAUAUUAACAAGUGCACUGGAUGACCACUGCAGUCCAAAAGUGAGCGAGACAGAAAGAUACAGAUGGCUGAGGAUGCCGAUGGGCAUCAGCCCCGCUCCAGAGGUGUUUCAAAGAAAACUCAGUCAAGCUCUGGAAGGAUUGAGAGGUUUAUAUGUCAUAACUGAUGACAUCCUCAUCACAGGAGAUGGUGAGAUAUUAGAAUUAGCAAACCAAGACCAUGACGACAAUCUGAGAGCACUGAUGAAUAGAUGCAGAGAAAAGAGCAUCAAAGCAUUGUCUUUGGAGCCAGUUUCUUCAGUGUGUUUGAGGGAGCAGAAGGAGAAACAGUCAAACAAACAGUGUGACGGGCAGAAGAAGAUGGAGGGAUGUCUGACACUUAUAUUACUCUCUUCAGUGGUUACUCUUAUUACAGCUAAACGUGUGAAUGUGAGGCUUGUGAAUGGCGACAGUCGCUGUGCUGGUCGAGUGGAGGUUCUUCAUGAUGGUCAGUGGGGAACAGUGUGUCAUACUAACUGGGAUAUGACUGAUGCUGCAGUGGUGUGUAGAGAGAUGGACUGUGGGGAAGCUUUACAAGCACCAGGAUAUGCUUACUUUGGACGAGGAUCAGGAAAAAUCUGGAUGGAUAGAGUGCAGUGUAGAGGAUCAGAGUCAACACUGAAGGACUGUGGAUCAGGAGGAUGGGGUGAACAUAGGAGCGUAUGUCGUGAUCAUAAAUAUGAUGCUGGAGUCAAAUGUUCACAAACCAUAAACUAUGGACGAUUUACAAGACUUGCUGAUGGACCUCACCUGUGCUCUGGGAGAUUAGAGGUUCUUCAGGGGAACACAUGGUACACAGUGUGUGCUGCUGCCUUUGACCAGCAGGAUGCAGAGGUUGUGUGUAGAGAGCUGGACUGUGGGGCUCCUGUACAGGUGCUGGGAGAAGAUGCUUUUGGAAAAGGAGAUGCUCAGAUGUGGACACAAGAGAUUCAGUGCAGAGGAAAUGAGUCACUCGUUCGAUUGUGUCCAACUUCAAAAGACAUUCAGUGCUCUCAAGAAAACAUUGUGGGACUGAUAUGUUCUGGUUACACUGACCUCAGGCUGGUCAAUGGUCCUGACAUCUGUUCUGGUCGAGUUGAGCGUCAGUACUUCAGUAAAUGGGGCACAGUGUGUGAUGCAUGCUGGGAUAUGAGAGCUGCUAGUGUCCUCUGUAGACAGCUGAAUUGUGGGAUUGCUGUGUCUGUUGUGGGAUCAGACUGGUUUGGAGAGGGAAGUGGAGAAAUCUGGGCUGAUGUGUUUGAUUGUGACGGGAAUGAAACAAAACUCUCAGAAUGUUCCAUCUCUUCAUGGAGUCGAGCUGAAUGUUCUCAUAGACGAGAUGUUGGAGUCAUCUGCUCUAAUUCCUCUCUGGCUGUUCAUGAUGGUCUGGUGCGGUUGUCUGGAGAGAGACAGUGUGAGGGGGAGGUGGAAGUUUCCAUCCAUCAGGUCUGGAGGAGAGUUCUGCUGGACUCCUGGAGUCUCACUGAAUCCUCUGUGGUCUGCAGACAGCUGGGCUGUGGCUCUGUGCUGAACUUCUCCGGCUCCUCUUCAUCCAGUCCUGAACACAGUCAUGAGUGUGUGACGGGCUUCCAGUGCUCUGGGAGUGAAGCUCAUCUGGGGAACUGCAGAUCUCCACGAACUCUCAAGUGCAGCUCCACACAACAGCUGUCAAUCACCUGCCUUGGUCGUGGGUCCAUCAGGCUGGUGGGUUCUGGGGGAGACUGUGCAGGGAGGCUGGAGGUUUUUCACAGCGGCUCAUGGGGGACAGUGUGUAAUGACUCCUGGGAUAUUAAAGAUGCCCAUGUGGUGUGCAGACAGCUGCAGUGUGGAGUGGCCCUCAGUAACCAGAAGGUACCAGCCUGGUUUGGUCCUGGUUCUGGACCCAUAUGGCUGGAUGAGGUGGAGUGUGAGGGGAAUGAGACGUCCCUGUGGAGCUGCUCUUCUCCAGGCUGGGGAAAACAUGACUGUCAACACAAGGAUGAUGUAGGAGUCAUGUGCUCAGAGUUUAAAGAGAUCAGGUUAACUGAGGGCUGUGAAGGGAAUCUGGAGGUUUUCUACAAUGGAUCCUGGGGAAAUGUGUGCUGGAACAAGAUGGAAACAGACACAGUGAGUCUGAUCUGUCAAGAGCUGAACUGUGGAAGAUCUGGUGUUUUGUCUGAAUCUACAACAAGAGUGAAAUCAGCUCCUAACUGGCUGGAUGAAGUGAAAUGUCGACCACAUGAUUCAAAUCUGUGGCAGUGUCCAUCUUCACCCUGGGGUCAGAAUAACUGUAAUGAAGAUGAAGUGGCCAAAAUCACCUGCUCAAAGGAGGAAAAUCCUGAAUCUCCUCAGAGUCGUCUGACAUGUUCUACUUCACCAUCUCCUCACCAGAGACAGUGUUCAAAGCAUGUUCCUCUCAAACUGGAGGGUGGAGGGGAGGGCCGGUGCUCUGGGAGGCUGGAGGUGUAUCAUAACGCUGAGUGGGGCUCAGUCUGUGAUGAUUUGUGGGACAUCAGCGAUGCUCAGGUGGUCUGCAGACAGCUGGGUUGUGGAGCAGCACUGAGGGCUGAUGGGAAUUCAACCUUUAUUGCUGGUGAAGGUGUUGUGUGGCUGAACAGAGUCGAGUGCAGAGGGAAUGAGAUUCACCUGUGGGACUGUCCUCUCUCCCUGAAGAAACACACUGACUGCUCCAACAAAGAUCACGCUGGACUCACCUGUGCAGAUUUGUCAGUGUCCACUACUCCUGCCACAACAACAUCAUCUUCUCCUCCAGUUUCUCAGACAGUGAGCUCAACAUCAGUCACUCGUUCAGAAACUCCUCCGUCUCUCUCUAUGCUUGUGAUUGUACUGGGAGUUGUGCUCUUACUGCUCUUAGUGCCACUGCUUAUACUGAUUCAGCAGAACAGAGUGAUGAGGAGAGCUCUCUCUAAGAGGAGACACAGGAGCACGACUGAGGCCGUUUAUGAGGAGAUUCAUCACAGACACAAUCACUUCACUCAGAGGGGGAGUCUCAUCUCUGAAGAACUGCAUUCUGGGUAUGAAGAUGCUGAUGAGCUUCUCUCAGAAAAAGAGUUCAAGACUGUAUAUUAUGAUGAUGUCACCAGUGGCCUGAAAGAAGAGAUGAAGAAGGAAAUCACACCGGGAUACUAUGAUGAUGUCAUCACUGAUGGACUGAAACCAGAUCGUGAGACAGAAGACACACCUGAGAGUUAUGAUGAUGUCAUGACGAGUGGACAGAACUUUAAUAUUAAAAAAGUGGACACACCGGAGCAUUAUGAUGAUGUCAUCAUUAAUGGACAGAACAUUCCAGGUGUAACAGAAGAGAUGAUGAAGGAAAUCACACCGGGAUACUAUGAUGAUGUCAUCACUGAUGGACUGAAACCAGAUCGUGAGACAGAAGACACACCUGAGAAUUAUGAUGAUGUCAUGACGAGUGGACAGAACUUUAAUAUUAAAAAAGUGGACACACCGGAGCAUUAUGAUGAUGUCAUCAUUAAUGGACAGAACAUUCCAGGUGUAACAGUGGACACACCGGAGCAUUAUGAUGAUGUCAUCAUUAAUGGACAGAGCAUUCCAGGUGUAACAGAAGAGAUGAUGAAGGAAAUCACACCGGGAUACUAUGAUGAUGUCAUCACUGAUGGACUGAAACCAGAUCGUGAGACAGAAGACACACUUGAGAGUUAUGAUGAUGUCAUGACGAGUGGACAGAACUUUAAUAUUAAAAAAGUGGACACACCAGAGCAUUAUGAUGAUGUCAUUAUUAUUGGACAGAUCAUUCCAGGUGUAACAGAAGAGAUGAUGAAGGAAAUCACACCGGGAUACUAUGAUGAUGUCAUCACUGAUGGACCGAAACCAGAUCGUGAGACAGAAGACACACCUGAGAGUUAUGAUGAUGUCAUGACGAGUGGACAGAACUUUAAUAUUAAAAAAGUGGACACACCGGAGCAUUAUGAUGAUGUCAUUAUUAUUGGACAGAACAUUCCAGGUGUAACAGAGGGAGUUCAGGAGGAGUAUGAUGAUGUGAAGAACAGCAAUGAAGAUGAGAGAAACCCGUUGGACUAUGAUGAUGUGGAGGAGGAGUCAAAUAAAGAGGGAGAGACCUUGUGACUCACUGACCACACCCACUGCCUCUGAUCAACAAAUCAUAUUACAGUUACUGGAGAUUCUUAUGUUGCUACUAAUGCAUCAAUGCCUUAUGUUUUUAUGUUAUUUCAAAUCUUUUUGAAUGAAAUUCUUUACAUGCUUUACAAAAUUUGGUAACAAAAAAUAAUCAGUUCUCAGUACCUGGCCUAUUAUUUUUAUAUUGAUAUCAAUGCAUACUCAAAAGAUAUGUUUUUUUUAAUCAAUAAAUUAAUUUUUAUGGACUUCA